GUGGGGACGUCCUGCUUCGGAGCAGGAAUCUUUGUUGCGCCAGUGACUAAAAAGAGAAUUGAAUAUGGGUGAUGUUGAGAAAGGCAAGAAGAUUUUUAUUAUGAAGUGUUCCCAGUGCCACACCGUUGAAAAGGGAGGCAAGCACAAGACUGGGCCAAAUCUCCAUGGUCUCUUCGGGCGGAAGACAGGUCAGGCCCCUGGAUACUCUUACACAGCCGCCAAUAAGAACAAAGGCAUCACCUGGGGAGAGGAUACACUGAUGGAGUAUUUGGAGAAUCCCAAGAAGUACAUCCCUGGAACAAAAAUGAUCUUUGUCGGCAUUAAGAAGAAGGAAGAAAGGGCAGACUUGAUAGCUUAUCUCCAAAAAGCUACUAAUGAGUAAUA